AUGUUAGUUACUAGUGACAUCAGAGAUAACAUCAAGUACUUCGGCGGAAAUCCAGAAUCCGUAACGAUUACAGGACUUUCUGCGGGAGGGGCAAGUGUUCAUCUCCAUUAUCUGUCUCCGCUAUCAAAGGAUCUAUUCCACAGGGGCUUCUCGCAGAGCAGGACCUCCCUCGUACCGUACGGCCUGAAGGAAUACCCCCUAAAGAAGGCUGAAGUGGUCGGAAAACAUCUCCAGUGCCCAAUAAACUCCACCAGAAGCAUGGUCGAUUGUCUUCGAAAUGUGGACGGAAAAGAACUGAUGGAAGCAAUGAAACAAGUGUUGGUGUUUGUGGAAGCAAUGCCCAUCACCCCCUUCGGUCCAGUAAUAGAAAAGGGUCCGGAAGAAGGAGGAUUUUUAGCACAUCAUCCGUACAAGUUAUUGAAAGAAGGCAAGACUACCAAUGAUCCUUGGGUGACGUCGAACGUCAGGGAUGAAGGGAUUUACCCAACAGCGUUUUUUGUGGCGACGGACAAGUUAGCCGAGAUGGAUUCAAGAUGGGACGAAUUAUUGCCUUUCAUGUUGGAUAUCCAAGACACAGUUGAUGGGGAACUCAAAAAAGACGUAGUCACGAAAGUACGAAAACUUUACUUGGACGAUGAACCAGUUUCAGAAGAUAACGAGUACGCUAUAGUCCGGAUGUUCAGUGACCGGCAUUUCUUCAUAGAUGGAGAGAAAGCGGCCAGACUUCACGCAAACGUGUCCAACUCUUCGGUUUAUUAUUAUUUCUUCACCUACGUUUUGCAACAACCAUUCAUAGUUCCAGGAUUCAGGAAAGGAGUGAGCCAUUGUGACGACGGAAGACUACUCUUCAAAAUGUUCGGCACCCCAAAGAGACUUGAAGCUGAAGACGAAAAAAUGGUACAAUUAUUCACCGAAUUCAUAACCAGCUACGCGAAGACAAAUAAACCUCGUUUUGGUGAUAAAAUAGGAGCUAAAGACCUAUGGGAUAGUUUCCUAAUCAAGGAGAAUGAUAAAAUAACAAACUUGUUGUAGUCAUAGUAAUUGAGAACAUAUAAGUAUUGAAUACGAU